AUGGCGCCUAGUCAGUCGCGAAUUCUCCUAGAGGAUCGCAUGACUGUCAAGAGCAUGGACUCGUCCAAGUUUGAAAAGGUCACCAGGAUAUCCGGUCGGUCAGCAGCCUUCGAUGCUGAAUUAACUAUCGACAUAAAUACCAACGUAUAUCCACUCAAGGAAGGGCAGGUGCUCACCUUCGCCUUCGCAGACCAGGGCAAGGAAAGUUUGAUGGAAGAUUACGAAUAUGUGUGCCUCGGUCGAGUAUUCCAUGAAGACGACAAGAGCGCUGAAAAACGCGCGGUAUACAUCUCCUUCGGAGGCCUCCUCUGCCAACUCAUUGCGGACAAAGCCAUCGUCUCAGAAUUCACCAUGGACAAAAGACUUUUUUUCUUCCUCAGACGAUCCACAUAA